AUGGCCACUGCUGUGGAGGAGAUCAGCGCCAACCGUCACUACAAUGGCUACAACCGUCGAUACAAGCACCGCAGCACCGUGCUCGGAUGCGAUAUGACGUUUACAGUUUAUUUCCCACCUGCUGCGGAAACGGGCAAGGUGCCUGUCUUGUACUACCUGUCGGGGCUUACAUGCAACGAUGAGAACUUCAUCCAGAAGUCAGGCGCCCAGCGUGCAGCGGCGACACGGGGUAUUGCCCUGGUGGCCCCAGACACGUCCCCCCGGGGACUAGGAGUGGAGGGCGAGGCGGACUCUUGGGAUUUCGGAGUGGGCGCGGGCUUCUACCUCAACUCCACGCAGGAGAAGUGGCGUGCGUGGCGCAUGUACGACUACGUGGUGGAGGAGCUUCCCUCGCUGCUCCGCUCCACCGCCCCCUUCGCCACCAGUCUGGACGUGGAUCAGGCGUCAGUGUUCGGCCACUCCAUGGGGGGUCACGGGGCACUGGUGGUGGGGUUGCGGAACCCGCAGACGUACCGCUCCAUCAGCGCCUUCGCGCCUGUGUGCCACCCCAUCAACUGCCCCUGGGGGGUGAAGGCCUUCACGGGCUAUCUGGGUGAGGACAGGGAGCUGUGGAAGCAGUACGACGCAUGUGAGCUGUUGCGGUCCUUCAGCGGCCCCGUAAGGCCCCCCAUCCUGGUCGACACGGGCUCAGCGGACAAGUUCCUGCAGGUGCAGCUACAGCCCCAGGCCCUGGAGGCAGCCAUCCAGGAAACCGGCUACAGCCCCGCCACCAUGCGGACGCAGGAGGGGUACGACCAUUCGUACUUCUUCAUUUCCACGUUUGUUGAUGACCAUAUCAAUUUCCACGCUGACGUGCUGUUGCCAGGAAAGUGA